CUGCACCGGGACGGCCCUUAGUAUUAAAGCCAACUACUCUGCAGAUGGGUACGGUCGAUCUCAGGGUGGGGGUGUCGCGUGGGGAUCUCAUGGAUAGCGAUGAAGUGACGUUUCGGUAUGCAACAUGAAUUCCAGAUUUAUUCUCGAGGGCCGUGUUUUUCAAGGGCAUCGAUAUAUAGUUAUACUGAUGUUAUGUCUAUCAUGUCAAUCGCUUCGGCAAUCGUUGAAGUCAUCAAUGUGGGAAAUAGAAUGUUUUCAUGAGUUAAGUUCCGAUGAGAAUGAACCCGAUAAUACUGUAGGAGUAACAGUGAUUCUUGACCUGGCUCAAUACCCUAUACAGAUAUAAUGAGUAACAAAAGCCAUUUAUCGCAGGGCUGAAUAACUUAUCCCGAAAUUUUCUUGGAAUACUGUGACUCUCAGCGGACAUCGCCGCUUCCCCCCUGCAAAAAUUGACCACUCAAUCCCCAGUGGACAAUGGCACUUCGCCGCAUCGUUUUGAAAGCACUCCGCUAACAGGGGUUCAGGUGCCUGCCGCGAUAGUUUGUCGACAGCGGCUCUUCGGGUGAACCAUUGAUUGCUUGACUCGACCUUCACUGCAAGAUUCGGAAUUUUGCGUACUAAGAGCCAGCCCACGUUCUUCUCUUAUUAUUUUUUCCUCUCCAGCAGUGGACUGGUUUGCCUCAAUAAUACGACCGCUACCCAAGCUUAUCUGUUGGUACCACAGUAGCAUCCGGCGGCUCCGUUACUAGCAGAAUCCGGGGCUGGCUCCUGAUUGAACAACACCGGC